CCGUUUUUUUUCUCCUGUAAAACCAUUUCAGUCGGCUGGGUGGAAAGUCCAGAAGUCCUCUCGCAUAAUGUUGCGUUUUUAACUCUGUAUUUACGGUACAUUUUUCGUCAUCAACCUGCGAAAAUAAAUGAUCUCCACCAACGUAGCUGUUACCAUGGUUGUUACCAUCUCGGUUAACAAAGUCAUCAACGGAACCUGAUUGAUCGUUCCAUUCCUCAUCAACGUGGCUACGAAAAAAAUUAAUGCUGUUUUAAAAGGUGGAGUAAAAUUGUUUGGUAAAAUGACGGAUUAUGCUCAUUUUCAAACACAGAUAACCACCAUUAUGGAAAUCAUGACAAAAUCAGCUAUAGCAGAAAUUGGCAAACUUUUUGACGACAGCUCCUCAGUUUUGUGUUCGAAAAUAGUGAGGAGUUUAAAUGAGAAUGAAGAGCUGAAAAAGUUGUUGCAGCAGGACCUGAGGACGGUGCCACGACAAAAAGAGGAAAUGCCAGGAUCGCGCGAGAAGCCUGUCAACACUCGAUCCGUUGGAGUCCAAGUUUUCGUGGAAGAGCAGUGGACAGAGAGGGUCUUUGGUGGGCAGGAGUGCAGCUUCGGUCUGAGAAGAGAUGGAGAACCUGCAGGUGUGGAAGAGUCUCCAGACGUGGAGGUCAGGACUGAACCAGUUCUUAUCAAGCAGGAGAAACUGGAAGAGGACUUGUGUUACAGUGACCCACAGCCAACACCUGUAGGAGAUGGGAAGAAACUGGACCCACGGCCCACACCUGUGGAAGAGGAACAGGUAACACAGCCCACACCUGUAGACGAUGUGAAGAAACUGGACACAGAGCCCACACCUGUAGGAGACCCAGAGGAGCUGAGUGAGCAGCACAGGUGUGGACACGGUGAUGAGGAGCUCAGUGGACUGGAGUUUGUGGUGAAGGCAGAGCAAGAGGAAGAGCAUGUAGCCCAGAGACUCAAUCAGACAGGAUGUGAACACAGUGCAGGAAGACUCAACAAUCUGGGCUCUGAGUAUGUGAUGUAUGAGAGAGACAGUCAGUUAUGGACUUCCUUUACCCAAGAGGACAGUGACCUAGAGACUGAUGAUCCAGUUUGUUCUAACACUACAGAACAGUGCUCACAGAGUUUGUCAAUUCACACACAGCUACAAUAUGCUCCUGCCACCAUGGAAGUGUCUGGAAACACACUGUCCCCUUUUGGGCCUUCAUAUUUUACAGAGUUUGAUAAGAUUGGUGAGAGGCCGUCUGCUGGCAGUGAGGAGCUCAGAUCAGAGGCCAUUCACACACAGCAGGGUCAGUACAGAGAGAGACUUGUGCACACAGUGGAGAGAGAGAAUCAGACAUUACUGCCCCAGCAGCAGCAACAUGGACCCUCAGUAAAACACACGAGAGGCAGUGAGAGCCCAGCCCAGCCACACUCAGGCUCUCGGUAUGAGACCAGCUCUACUCUGAGUGCCAGCGCUUUCAGAGAUUGGGAGGACAAGACUCUAAGCAGGCCUAGCAUGACAGAGAAACUGUUCUGUUGUACACAUUGUGGAAAGAGCUUUGAACACCGCUGUCAUCUUGUAGUUCACAAGAGAAUCCACACGGGGGAGAAACCAUACAGCUGCACUCACUGUGGGAAGCGAUUCAGCCAGAGCUCCAAUCUUAUCACACAUCUGCGAAUUCACACUGGCGAGAAACCUUUCCGCUGUACAAACUGUGGGAUGUGUUUUGCCCAACAGUCUACUUUCUCAAUGCACCAGCGAACGCAUACGGGAGAAAAACCAUUCACUUGCGGUCAGUGUGGGAAGGGAUUCGCCCGGCGAGCCAGCCUACGAGAACACUAUAAAACUCACGCACGAACGCGCCCGUAUCACUGCACCCAGUGUGCGAAGAGCUUCGCUCACCAGCGUACCCUCGUUGCACACCAGAAGAUUCACGCGCGAGUGAAACCACACAGCUGCAACUAAUGUUGUCUUUCUGUGAUUUACUUGUGUAUCAGGAUGUUUAGUUCGGCUAGGUAAGCAGUGUCUGGCUAGGUAAGGGGGUUUGUUCGUACAUUUGCGUGUUGCGGUAUUACGAUUAAAAAAUUAAUAAAUGUAAAUAAAUGAUGAUCAAAUAGGCCCCUGGUCCUUAUCUUUGUUGUACAGGUAGCAGUUGAAAUUGUACUUCCCUCAAGGGUCUUUCAGCACACUUACCUCUGGUUAUGGGUAUGCACUUUGCACUUUGUACGUCGCUCUGGAUAAGAGCGUCUGCCAAAUGCCAUUAAUGUAAUGUAAUGUAAUGUUAAAUGACUUAAUUUUAUUUAAAGGCCCCUCAAACUCAUAAGACUUCACUGGUGAAAUGAACCUCUCUGAUUGGAAUGGUAUUCGUUACUAAUCUGUAUAUUAGUCAGAUAUUUGAGGUUAAAGUAAAAUUUGGUCACAUAAUUCAUGAGUAGGCGGCACGGAUGUUGCGGUGGGUAGCACUGCCGCCUCACAGCAAGGAGGUCCUGGGUUCGAAUCCCCGUCGGCCGGGGACUCUCUGUCCGUGUUUGCGUGGGUUUCCUCCGGGUACUCCGGUUUCCUUCCCCAGUCCAAAGACAUGCAGGUUAGGCUGAUUGGAGAGUCUAAAUUGCCUGUGGGUAUGAGUGUGUGAGUGAAUGGUGUGUGUGUGUGCCCUGUGAUGGACUGGCGACCCGUCCAGGGUGUAUUCCUGCCUUUCGCCCAAUGUAUGCUGGGAUAGGCUCCAGCCCCCCUGCGAGCCUGUUCAGGAUAAGCGUGUUAGGAUAAUGAAUGAAUGAAUGAAUUCAUGAAAACAUAACGUAACAUCAAGCAUCAGUGUUUCCCUUUCUGUGGCUUU